AUGGCGCCCAUCCUAGCUCGCGGCCCAACAGGACUCCUCGUCAUCGGUCUCAGUCUCUGUCUGAUGUCGAUCUCAAGGCCAGUCUCCGGCGCCCCGAUCGUCCAUAGGCACCGACAUCUCCAUCGGAAUGCAGUAGCCCCUGAGCACGAUCUCCAGUCUGUAGGGACACCGAGCGCAGUCGUCACGGAACCAGUGACGAACGUCCCUCGCGCCGUGCCCGACGAUGGUCCCCCGAUCGUGGGGACGUCGACGACGCGGUUCUCCUAUCCCGUCGAGACGCCGUAUAUCUCCAACUCUCUUAGCGAAGAAGAGAAGCAGGAGAAGGCACCCGCAGCGGUCUUUGACAAGAUCGCCGACAGGACCCGUCCGCUCGUUCGCAGCUCCGGCGCUGGCGGUGGUAUCCCGCCCCAGCCGUAUCCGCCAAACGGCCCUGUCAAGGUCACCCCCGCCGGUCUUUUUGAACGACUGGCAUCCCGGACCCGGCCUUUGGUUCGCAGUUCUGGCGCUGGCGGCGGUGGUAUGCCUCCGCAACCGUACCCGCCGAACAAGUCGAUCACCUAUCAUCAUUCCGGGGUCUCCGACUCGGUUGUUGUCUUCUUUCUCGCCGCCGUCGGCUUCUUCUUUGUCUCUCUGAUCUGGAAUUUGUACCUUCGGUACGGCCGGGUCCAGGACAAGGCCAAGGACACGGACUUGGAUACUGUGGGAGCCAUGCGGUUGAGAUCCUUGUUUGGAGAGAGUACGCCCAAGGGCAAGGGUAGAGAGAAGGCUGGCCACACCCCCGGGGGCUGGUUGCGCGCAGCUAACGCGGCGCCCGUAUCUGUUUCUGCCGUCUGA